AUGCGAGAUAUUUUGCCAUUCUCUCUUACGUUAAUUUCUUCUUCUUUUUUUAAGCUUUCUUGUAUAUUCUGCCACCCAUUUUUUUCUUCUUUCUCUUCUUUUUUUUUGUCUCUUCCUUUUUUCUUCUUUCUCUUCCUUUUUUUCCUUUUCUUUUCCAAGUUCCUCCUAUGCAAUAUUUUGUUUUCUUUCCCGCCAUUAAUUGUUUUGUCUUCUACAUUUUCGUCUAUGCUUUUGAAAUUCUUUUCAACUUUUCUGUCAUCCACUUGUUCGCUUAAUUUUUUCGCUUCUUAUUUCCCCUCUGUUCCUCUACAUCCUUUUUUUUCGUCAUCGUCUUUUUCGUCUAUGCUUUUUGUCAUUCGUUUUCUAUUUUUUCCUUUCUUUUUUUCUCUUUUUUUUUUAUUUCUCUUCUUCCUUAUUCCUUUUUUUCUAUCUUUUUACUUUUCCUUUCUCGUAUAUUCUGCCACCCACUUUUUUCUUCUUUCUCUUCCUUUUUACUUCUGUCUCUUCCUUUUUUUCCCUUUUCUUUUCCACGUUCGUUUUUUGCAGUAUUUUGUUUUCUUUUUUUUCCUGCCAUUAAUUGUUUUGUCUUCUACAUUUUCGUCUAUGCUUUUGAAAUUCUCUUCAACUUUUCUGUCAUCCUCUUCUUCGCUUAAUUUUUUCGCUUCUUAUUUUUUUAUUCCCCACCUUUUUUUGUUUAUGGUUUUUGUCAUUUUUUUCUCUUUUUUUUUCUUUCUUUUUUCUUGUGAUGAUAUUUCUGUUGGUGGAGGGACUUUUCCUUCUUCUUUUUAUUUCUUUUUCUCUUUAUUCUUUUUUUCUUCUUUCUCUCAUUUUAUUUUUUGUCUUUUCAUUCUCUUUCAGUGA